AUGUUUCAAAUGGCGUAUCGCACUACCGGUUUGGAAGUUUUUAACCUUAAGAACGAAAACAAUGGACCCCACUUGGAUUUGCAGGAUUUCCUACUCAGAAAGCUACAAAAACAGCACGGUUUCAACCUGAAAACCAGCCAAAUGGACCCCAAAUCUGCCCUUCUUUCUCAAUUCUCACCAUUAAAACCUUUUCAUGGGAAAAUGGCUCUUAUUGGGAUUUUCUUGGUGGGUUUUCUUGCACUGGUCUCAUCUGUUCAGGGGUAUGGUGGUGGAGGAUGGGUCAAUGCUCAUGCCACCUUCUAUGGAGGGGGUGAUGCCUCUGGGACAAUGGGUGGGGCUUGUGGGUAUGGAAACCUGUACAGCCAAGGGUAUGGAACAAACACUGCAGCUUUGAGCACAGCUCUGUUCAACAAUGGGUUGAGCUGUGGAUCUUGCUAUGAGAUUAGGUGUGAGAAUGAUGGCAAAUGGUGCUUGCCUGGUUCCAUUGUGGUCACAGCCACCAAUUUCUGCCCACCAAACAAUGCACUCCCAAACGAUAAUGGAGGCUGGUGCAACCCUCCCCGGCAACAUUUUGACCUCUCCCAACCUGUCUUCCAACAGAUUGCCCAGUACAAAGCUGGGAUUGUACCUGUAGCUUACAGAAGGGUACCCUGCAGGAAGAGGGGAGGCAUAAGGUUCACCAUCAAUGGUCACUCCUACUUCAACUUGGUCCUCAUAACCAACGUUGGUGGUGCUGGUGAUGUUCAUGCUGUGUCCAUCAAAGGGUCCACGACUGGUUGGCAGUCCAUGUCAAGGAACUGGGGUCAGAACUGGCAAAGCAACAAUUAUCUGAAUGGUCAAAGCCUCUCAUUCAAGGUCACUACUAGUGAUGGUCGCACUGUGGUCUCCAACAAUGUUGCCCCAUCUGGCUGGUCCUUUGGGCAGACCUUCAGCGGAGGGCAAUUCAACUAAAGUCGUGUCCAGUUGGAUUCAUGUCGGUUGCAAACCUGGCACCGCUAAUAUUUACUAAAUAGGUUGCUAGGUGUAUGAUAUAUAAUACUAAUAUAGUCACUAAUAUUAGUAUUGUGACUAUUAGUAUGGUAGAGAAUAGAAGUAGAAAGUAUGUAUAUGGGGGUCAGGCUUGGCCUCUAGGGUCAAAAUGAAAAGGGCUUAUUUUAAAUGGUCCUUUUUUUUUUUUUUCAUUUUAAUCUGAUUGUUGGGUACCCUAGUAGUGUGGGACCCUUCAUUCUUGAAAGUCAUUUUUCUCUAUAUUUUUCCUUCUGCUUAGAGGCAGAAGAUGGCAGAGGUGGUCUUUCACCACCCGCCUGCAGUGUUUCUUAUUGAGAUUUUGGAGCCCUUUUUUAGGCUUGUGAGGUCGUUGUUUGUUAUGGUUGAACUCUAUGAAGCUAAAUUGUAAAUUCUAUUUCCAUAUUAAUGAAAGUAUCUAUUAUCCUA